CGAGCUUAAUGCGGGUGCGCGGUGGCCGGGGCAAUGAGGUUGAGCUAUAGGGGCCGUGGGGACACAUUUGUGUGGUGGAACCGUUAACACCUCUUCUGCUCGAGAGAAGGAAGUCGUUACGAAGAUGCUGUGCUGAUGAAGGGGAGUGAGGACGCGGCCGGGCAUCCGGGCAAGGCGAUGUCGAGUAGGCAGUGGCGUUGAGGGCGGUGGCGGAGGAUUCGGUGUAAUGCGGCCGCGCUGCGUCCUCUCUGAGGUGAUCGCAACGACGCCUCUCUUUCUUUCUCUCUGUUGUCGAGCUCGGAAUCGUCUAUGCGUUUGUGACGGUGAGGCAGCAAUUCCGUUCGUUAGCCUUUGGCUGUCGUUUUGGUGGCGGUGACUGAGCCCCCAGCACCCUGCGGUGAAAGGAGCUGCUCCCCUCCUUGGACUAAAGAGACCGGACGUUGGGCUUGUUUUUCGGUUGGUUCCGAGCUGGCGGCGGUGCCUCUUCCGCCGCCAGAGGGACCGGGUUGGCGGGAGAGUGGUGCUGGUACAGCUGCUGCUGGCUGCAUCUCUUUAGCCCGGUUUUAGGGGCGGAGCAAGGGUGCUUCUUCUUUGAGACGAAAGUAGGCUAAAUGAGAAGAGCCAGCCGCACGAAGAUACAGAACAUUGUCUCUGAAAUGGGAUUAAAGCAGGAUCACUGACAUCAAUAUACACUUUUGAAUUUGACUUAAAGUGCCAUGAGAAAAUUUGCAUAUUGUAAGGUGGUCCUUGCCACCUCUCUGGUUUGGGUCCUCUUGGACAUGUUUUUGUUGCUAUACUUCAGCGAAUGCAACAAAUGUGAUGAGAAAAAAGAACGAGGCCUACCUCCUGGGGAUGUUCCAGAACUGGUACAAAAACCUCACGAAGGCCCUGGAGAAAUGGGAAAGCCUGUUGUCAUUCCUAAAGAGGAUCAAGACACAAUGAGGGAAAUGUUUAAAAUAAAUCAGUUUAAUUUAAUGGCAAGUGAAAUGAUUGCACUCAACAGAUCUUUACCAGAUGUCAGAUUGGAAGGGUGUAAGACAAAGGUGUAUCCAGAUAACCUUCCUACGACAAGUGUUGUCAUUGUCUUUCACAAUGAAGCUUGGAGUACUCUCUUGAGGACAGUUCAUAGUGUCAUAAACCGGUCACCGCAACAUAUGCUAGAAGAAAUUAUUCUGGUGGAUGAUUCUAGUGAAAGAGAUUUCUUGAAGAGACCCUUGGAGAACUAUGUGAAAAAGUUACGAGUACCAGUUUAUGUGAUUCGAAUGGAGCAGCGUUCUGGACUGAUCAGAGCCAGAUUGAAAGGGGCUGCUGUCUCUAAAGGCCAAGUCAUUACUUUUUUAGAUGCUCAUUGUGAAUGUACAGUAGGAUGGCUUGAGCCUCUGUUAGCACGGAUAAAAGCUGACAGGAGAACAGUAGUUUGUCCUAUCAUUGAUGUAAUCAGCGAUGAUACAUUUGAAUAUAUGGCAGGCUCUGAUAUGACUUACGGUGGAUUCAACUGGAAGUUGAAUUUCCGGUGGUAUCCUGUUCCUCAGAGAGAAAUGGAUCGAAGGAAAGGUGACAGAACCCUUCCAGUCAGGACACCUACAAUGGCAGGAGGCCUUUUUUCCAUAGACAGGGACUAUUUUCAAGAAAUUGGGACAUAUGAUGCCGGAAUGGAUAUAUGGGGAGGAGAAAACCUAGAGAUCUCAUUCAGGAUUUGGCAGUGUGGGGGAACAUUGGAAAUCGUGACAUGUUCACAUGUUGGGCAUGUUUUUCGAAAAGCCACUCCUUAUACAUUUCCAGGAGGCACAGGACAGAUUAUUAAUAAAAAUAAUAGACGACUUGCAGAAGUUUGGAUGGAUGAGUUCAAGAAUUUCUUCUACAUUAUUUCUCCAGGGGUUACAAAGGUAGAUUAUGGAGACAUAUCAUCACGACUUGGACUGCGACACAAGCUACAGUGCAAGCCUUUUUCUUGGUACCUAGAGAAUGUUUAUCCCGAUUCCCAAAUACCACGUCACUAUUUCUCUUUGGGAGAGAUUCGAAAUGUGGAAACAAAUCAAUGUCUGGAUAACAUGGCAAGAAAAGAGAAUGAAAAAGUUGGAAUUUUUAACUGUCAUGGUAUGGGUGGAAAUCAGGUUUUCUCAUACACAGCCAACAAAGAAAUUCGAACAGAUGAUUUAUGCUUAGAUGUCUCCAAACUUAGUGGUCCUGUUACAAUGCUCAAGUGCCACCACUUAAAAGGCAAUCAGCUUUGGGAAUAUGAUCCCAUGAAAUUAAUCCUGUUGCAUGUGAAUAGUAACCAGUGCUUGGAUAAAGCCACUGAAGAAGACAGCCAGGUACCCAGCAUCAGAGACUGCAAUGGCAGCCGCUCUCAGCAAUGGUUGCUUCGUAAUGUCACCCUUCCGGAAAUAUUCUGAAAGAUUUCUAAGAGGAGGAUUGGUUGGGCUACCUCAGCAAGUAUAUUGGCUACAUUAUGUAGUGAGCAAAGGCUGCAAGGUUUCUUGGCCACUAGAACACUUUUCUAAAUCUUCCAAAGCUGCGAGUCAGCUGUUCUGGUAUUAAGGCUGUGGAACUACACGAGCACUUGUGAACCUGCAUGCUCUGAUGAAAGAUUUUCGGCGUUGUAAACAAAUCAUCAAUCUGUAGAACACAUGGACAUUGGAAAUACAAUCAGGAAAAAAUGCUUUUGCAGAGUGGCGCAAUCUAGUUUGCUUGUACAUCAGCAACUUCGUCUGAAAAUGCUGUCAAGGAGAUUCCUAAGAUUUUUGCAAGGUUUAAUAUUAAACCAUAGUAUUAAAGAAGCAAUUCUAAAAGGAGCUGAUUUAAUAUCACAAGAGAAAAAUAAUUAAAACAAGGAACGUGUAAAACAGGGUUUAAAGGCAAAGAUAUCAGAAGUACAAUUUGUAAUACUGAAGUAUCAAAUUUAUAUGUACAUUUUUUUACCUUAAUGGGGAAAAAUAACCAAGUAAAACAAUUUUGUGUUCAGUUGUGUGAUAGUCCAUCAAUAUAUUUUCCUCCCCUAAUGCGUCUGACAUUUGAGGCAGAAGACAAAAUUAUGAGUGUAAAUAAAAUUGACUCUUAGUCAUUUCAUUGUUUUUUACUUUCCAUUUUGUCUUUUGGGCUGUUAGACCUGUUAAUGCAGCUUUUUACUGCUUGAAAAUUGAAGGUCUAACUUCUAUAUCCUUUGAUAUGAUUUGCUAUUUUCAGAUGUACUUGAGUUAGCCAGUGUUUGGUCUGCCAUCACCAGUCUUAAGGAUUUGUUUGUGCAUUUUAUAUUUAAGUUAACAGAUUAUGCUUAAUGGCAAAGUCGCUUACUACUGUACUACAGAUUUUGUUUUCACUGCAAUAAAUCUUUCAUUCCUUGAAUAUCAGAGAUUCAUCAGAAUUCCUUGUGACAUCAGAGAACCUGCAAAUAUGAUUUAUUUGGAUAAUAGGCAAUCGGGAUCUGAAUGUUUUUCCACUCCAUGAUUGGAUGCCAUUCAUAUUUAGAUUAUACUAUUGAAGUGUAAUUUCGAUCUGCUUUUUUCUAAUAAAAAUCUAAUGAAAACUGUUGAA